CUGUGAACUGGUACUGCUGCAGUGCGCGUAUAAUAGGCGGCGAGACUCGCGCGGACGAGAGGAGGAGUUGCGGCAAGGUCGCGGCAGCAUCACCAUUAUCAUCCACGCGAAGCUCGAUUAACGGACACUGAGACAUCAUCGUGAGCGCGAACAUCCACCGGAGCGUCUUCACAUCAAGCGCGCGAGACCUCGCGGGGAGUUGUGUUCCGGGGGCGCGCGGGUUCUUUAUUUGCAUCCGCAUGUGCGCCUUGCGCUGCGGGUUAGGAGGAACGAACGGCGCGUUAUUUCUGUCUUCCUGCAGCAUCAGUGUGUUGACUUUCAUCACGCAGCGUGAGUUUUGACUUUCGUCAUGUCGGCGUCUCCUCCACCCGCCGCCAGGAGCGGCCAGCUACUGCUACCCGAACCGGACGCGCUCAAACCCGCCGGUCCGACGCCGAGCCUGAGCCGCUUUCAGGUAGAUCUGGUGUCAGAGACCGCCGGGGACGGGCACGCUUCUCCCGACUCGUCCCCGCCCGAUUACGCGCCCGAGCCGCCGCGGGAGUCUGGGUCCGGCGGAGAGGAAGCCAAAGGCCGGUUUCGGGUGGUGAACUUUGCGGCCUCGAGUCCGGACGCGGCGCCUGCGGAGAUCGCCCAGAACGGGGACACGGUGAUGAGCGAGGGCAGCCUGCAUUCGUCUACCGGCGGCCAGCAUCAUCAUCACUACGACACCCACACUAACACAUACUACCUCCGUACCUUCGGUCACAACACCAUCGACGCUGUGCCCAACAUCGACUUCUACCGGCAGACCGCCGCACCGCUGGGCGAGAAACUCAUCAGACCCACCCUGUCCGAACUACACGAUGAACUGGACAAGGAACCGUUUGAAGAUGGUUUUGCUAAUGGAGAUGAGUUGACACCUGCCGAAGAGGCCGCAGCUAAAGAAGCAUCAGAGCCUAAAGGAGUUGUGAAGUUUGGAUGGAUCAAAGGGGUACUGGUGCGCUGCAUGUUAAACAUAUGGGGCGUGAUGCUGUUCAUUCGCAUGACGUGGAUCGUGGGCCAGGCUGGAAUUGCGUAUGCCUGCAUCAUCGUCCUAAUGGCAACGGUCGUGACCUCCAUCACGGGCUGCUCCACUUCUGCCAUCGCCACCAACGGCUUCGUACGAGGAGGUGGAGCGUAUUACCUGAUAUCUCGAAGUUUAGGCCCAGAGUUCGGCGGCUCCAUCGGUUUGAUUUUUGCUUUUGCCAAUGCCGUGGCCGUAGCCAUGUACGUCGUGGGCUUCGCUGAAACUGUAGUCGAGCUGCUAAGUGGUGCUGAUUUGGUGAUGUUGGACGAAACGAAUGAUAUCAGAAUAGUCGGCACCAUUACUGUUAUCCUCCUGCUGGGAAUUUCAGUGGCUGGGAUGGAAUGGGAGGCCAAGGCUCAGAUAUUCCUCUUGGUCAUUUUGAUAACGGCCAUCUUCAACUACUUCAUUGGCUCAUUCAUCGCUGUUGAAUCCAAGCAGAAAUACGGUUUCUUUGGCUAUGAUGCUGGCAUCAUGGCAGAAAACUUUGGUCCAGACUUUCGAGGAGAAACGUUCUUCUCCGUCUUCUCCAUCUUCUUCCCAGCGGCCACAGGGAUUCUGGCUGGAGCAAACAUCUCAGGAGAUCUAGCAGACCCUCAGAUGGCCAUCCCGAGAGGAACACUGUUGGCUAUUCUUAUAACAGGACUGGUGUAUUUGGGUGUGGCCGUCUCCACGGGUGCAUGCAUCGUGCGAGACGCCACCGGUGUAGAGAGUAACGUUACUCUCAGUGCUGCUAUGAACUGCACUGAUGCUGCCUGUAAGUUAGGAUAUGACUUCACUUCCUGUAGACUUACGACUGGACAAACCGAAUCUACCUGCAAUUACGGCCUCCACAAUGAUUUCCAGGUCAUGAGCGUGGUGUCCGGCUUCAGUCCUCUUAUUACAGCUGGGAUUUUCUCUGCCACCCUGUCUUCAGCGCUGGCGUCACUUGUCAGUGCUCCCAAAGUCUUUCAGGCUUUAUGCAAAGAUAACAUCUACCCAGGAAUCACUGGUUUUGGGAAGGGUUAUGGCAAAAACAACGAGCCCCUGCGAGGAUAUUUCCUCACCUUUGCCAUUGCACUGGCUUUUAUUCUUAUCGCCGAGCUGAACGUCAUCGCCCCCAUCAUUUCCAACUUCUUCCUGGCAUCAUACGCUCUUAUAAACUUCUCUGUGUUUCACGCAUCGUUGGCUAACUCUCCUGGAUGGAGACCGAGCUUCAAGUACUACAACAUGUGGGUGUCUCUCGCCGGUGCCAUCUUGUGUUGUGUGGUCAUGUUUGUCAUCAACUGGUGGGCGGCCCUGUUGACCAACGUCAUCGUCUUAUCGCUCUACAUUUAUGUCAGCCACAAGAAACCAGAUGUGAACUGGGGUUCAUCGACUCAAGCACUGACGUAUCAUCAGGCUCUGGCUCACAGUUUACAGCUGUGCGGGAUGGCCGACCACAUCAAAACAUACAGGCCUCAGUGUUUGGUCAUGACAGGAGCUCCAAACUGUCGUCCAGCAAUUCUUCAUCUGGUCCAUGCCUUCACUAAGAACGUUGGUUUGAUGGUCUGUGGUCAUGUGCGCAUUAGCUCUCGUCGACCCAACUUUAAAGAUCUGAACACUGAAGCGUUUCGCUAUCAGCGCUGGCUCCUCAAUCACAACUCCAAAGCAUUUUAUACAUCUGUUGUGUCUGAAGAUCUUCGUCAGGGAACGCAGUAUCUUCUGCAGGCGACUGGACUCGGCCGUUUGAAGCCCAACACUUUAGUUGUGGGCUUUAAGAAUGACUGGAGGAUUGGAGAUAUAAAGGAUGUGGAGACUUACAUCAAUAUCAUUCAUGAUGCUUUUGAUUAUCAGUAUGGUGUGGUGAUUCUCAGACUGGCAGAAGGACUUGAUAUUUCUCACAUUCAAGGUCAAGAUGAAUCUUCAGCUAUGAAGGAUGUGGUGGUGUCAGUGGAUAUGAAUAAAGACUCUGAUGGAGAUUCAUCUAAACCCUCAUCUAAAGCCACCAGUCUCCAGAACAGUCCGGCUGUACAGAAAGAUGAGGAUGAUGACAGCCGAUCUCACAGUCAGCCGCUGUUAAAGAAAGAUAAAAAGAGUCCGACUCUUCCUCUGAAUGUGAUGGAUCAGCAGCUGUUAGACGCCAGUCAGCAGUUUCAGAAGAAACAAGGCAAAGGGACGGUGGAUGUGUGGUGGCUCUUUGAUGAUGGAGGUCUGACCCUUCUGAUCCCGUAUCUGAUCACCAACAAGAAGAAAUGGAAAGACUGUAAGAUUCGUGUGUUCAUCGGUGGAAAGAUCAACAGGAUCGAUCACGAUCGCAGAGCAAUGGCCACAUUGCUCAGCAAGUUUAGGAUCGAUUUCUCUGACAUCACCGUCCUGGGUGACAUCAACACCAAGCCCAAGUCAGAAGGCUUGACAGAGUUUGCUGAAAUGAUUGAGUCGUAUAAACUGAGAGAGGAUGACAUGGAGCAGGAAGCUGCUGAGAAGAUGAAGAGCGAGGAACCCUGGAGAAUCACAGACAAUGAGCUGGAGCUCUACAAAGCCAAGACUAAUCGUCAGAUCCGACUGAACGAGCUGUUGAAGGAACAUUCCAGCACAGCAAACCUCAUUGUCAUGAGCAUGCCGCUGGCCAGGAAAGGAGCCGUAUCCAGCGCUCUUUACAUGGCCUGGUUGGACACGCUAUCCAAAGACCUGCCACCCAUCCUGUUAGUGCGUGGAAACCAUCAAAGCGUCCUCACCUUCUAUUCAUAAAGAGGGUGAACGCACACGAACCAGCACACAUUAUCACGAUUAUGAUGACGAUGAUGUGCACUAGCGAGCACACAUGGUGAUGAUGAUGAUGAUGAUGCGCACAGAGACACUUUCUGUAGCUCACCGGUUUCAACAACUGAAACGUUUUCUCCACGCCGCCGAGGUCCAGAUGAAAGAUCAACAUUUGACGGUUUCUAUAGUCUUUGAGUCAAAGGUUUCUGAGCACACAAUGUAACACUAAUUGUUGUUAGCAUUAUUAUGACACGCACAACUUUUUGAGUUGUGGAUUAUUUUUCCUCUUUCUUAAGUUUUAAUUUGCUCUUGAUGAAGCAAUAAUCGCCUCAUUUCUUCUUUUCUCACUUGGAAGAAACACACACACUUACACUUACACACACACUUUUUCUAGCCUUGUGGACGUGCCUUCCUGUGCAAUGAAAAUUAAACUCUUCAACUUUUGCCCUGACUGGUGAUUUAUAACGAUGUAGAUAAAGACCUUUGUUUUUAUUGGGUUUUAAAUGUGAAGCGUUUGUGAUUUUAUCAUGCCGGUGGGAUUAAAUGUUUCCACUGCGCUGCAUUUCAAACUGUUUUCUACCGUGUUGUUUUUAUUUUUGUAGGCAGGUUAUUUUUCUCUGUUUAACGUCUUCCUUUAGGCAGCAGCAGCAGCAGCGUGUUGGGUGGUGCCGUUUUCGCCCCUUUGUGUCACAAGCAUCACCCAAACCUGAGGGCCAUCAGCAUCGACCUCGCAGUAGACUGAAUUGAAAACUAUAUUAGUUUAUUAUUCACUGUUACAGAGCAGCCUGUGCUUUCACGUAGAGAUGCUGAAUGAUGGCAGACAGAUGAAACUAAAGUGAAAUCAGAUCUGACGAACACAGAAGCCAAUCCAGAGAGAGUUUGAGAGACCUGUUUGCCUUAACACGUUGUGAUUGUUUUCUAUACGGUAUAGUUCUGUCUAUAAGCCAUGAUCGCUUGACCGAUAGGUUCAUGUAGACUGACAGAUUGGAUGUCUAAAGCAGAAUGUAAUGCUGUCCCAUGUUCACAUUUAUUUAAACCGUCAUGACGUGUAAAACGCCUGUCGAGGUUGUUGUGUUGUUUUUCCAUCCAUCAUCAUUUCAGUCUGGGUCUUCCCUGCUUUCAUUGGCCAAUGUCUUUCUUCAGUUAAAGGCCUUAAUGGGAUGUCAUUAGGAGUUGUACGAAUGUAUUUUCUGUGUUGAAAGAGGUUUGUUUGAACCUCUAUGCAGGUGAUUUAUGUGCGACUCAAUGAACCUCAGAUUGAUCGAGUGCCUCUCGCUGAAGCCUCACAUUUUCUUAUGCAGUUUGUCUGAAUGUCAGAUGAUUGUUAUUUGGGCCAACCGUCACCAAAACUACAGUAAGAGAAGUUUAUAUACAGGGUUUUUGUUUUGAAUGCUGAUUUGUUUGGGUUGUAUCGUUACAGGUUCUGUGUUUGAACUGCUUUACAGUUUUGUGUCCCUGAGAAAUCUCCAAUGUUAGAAGGAAUAUAUUCUAUUUAUAGUUCUCAAUAUAAACUAGUAUUUACUCGUGUGCUGCAUGUCAUUUUCUUUUCAAGUGGAUGAAGUUUUAAAGCCGAUGGUACAAUCUUACUACUACUACUACUACUGUAUGUGUUUGUGUGACUGUACAGCACUCAAAUCAUGACAACAUCACCAUUUCAACCAUAAACCAUUUCAAUCUUCAAGCCUAAAGACACUUGUAUAUUAUAUUUAGAUCUAGAGAGAGUCGAUCACAAGCAUAUAAUUGUGUGUUGGUCUGUAGAAAACACAUCUAGUUGCAGCUGUAGCAUUGAGGUGCUUUAUACUGUAUGUCUCUCUCUCUCUCUCUCUCUCUCUCUCUCUCUCUCUCUCUCUCUCUCUCUCUCUCUCUCUCUCUCUCUCUCUCUCUCUCUCUCUCUCUCUCUCUCUUUCUCUCUCUUUCUAUCUCUCUCUCUCUCAUAUAUGUUUCUCUGAUGUUUCCUGUGUAAGAUGAAACAGAUUUGAGUUUCUGUUGAAUGUAACCGGGGUCUGUUUAACUUCACUGGAAAGCUGUAACGAGUUGAAUAAGAAAAGCACUGUCAGAUGCAUUGUCAACUAGAUGACUCUGUUGUACUUUCAUAUUAACCUGUAAAUAUCUUUAUAGCCUCAGCACAUUAAUGAAGGGAGUGGAAUCAUAGUUACAAAUGAUUAUGGUGAGAAAUAUUUAUUUUCAUGUUAGUUUGAAAUAGUUUUGUUUUGGGGUUUUUUUGGAAGAAGAAGAAGAAGAAACACUACGCUGAGCAGAGGUGUUCUGAGCUUUAUCAUAUGAGGGUUAAUCUGAAUGAUGUUUGCUGGAACAGUAAUGUUUUUUGAUAUACUCUACUGUUAUGUCUCAUGCUUUUUUCUAACAUUUUAACGGUUAAGGGUAUUAACGCUUUCUACAUCCUUACUGCAAUAUAUAAUAAUAAACAAAUGAAAAUCAA